AUGCGAGGUCUCGUUAUUCUCAGUGCGGCUGUCAGCCUGGCCAACGCCGCUGUUGUCGAGAGGAAUUACCCUGUUCCUGGACAGGAGGAGUACCCUGCUGUUCCCGACAACGAGUAUACUCCCCCGGCUGCUGCUUACCCUCCUCCUGCCGUCGAGAAGCCUUCCACCCAACCCUCUAACGAGUACCCUCCUCCUGAGGCUACUAAGCCUUCCAAUGGUGGUGCCUAUCCUCCUCCUUCGGAGACCAAGCCUGUGACUCCUCCUGAGGAGACUCAGCCUACUGGCGUCUACCCUCCUCCCGAGAAGAGCACCGACGUCUAUCCCCCUCCUGAGAAGAGUACUGAUGUCUAUCCUCCUCCCGAGAAGAGCACCGACGUCUAUCCCCCUCCUGAGAAGAGUACUGAUGUCUAUCCUCCUCCCGAGAAGAGCACUGAUGUCUAUCCUCCUCCCGGAAAGACCACUGGUGUCUACCCUCCCCCUGAGGAGACCACCAGCGUCUAUACCCCCCCCGAGGAGACCACUGGCGUCUACCCCCCUCCUGAGGAGACAACUGAUGUCUACCCUCCUCCUUCCGAGACUCAGCCCGAGGAGCACAGCUCUACCGAGACUCCUUACCUUCCUCCCAGCGACACUCUCCCGGCUGAGGGUACCUCCUCAACUGAGACUGGUUACCUGCCUCCCACUUACACGAAGCCUUCUUACACCAAGCCAACCUACACCAAGCCUUCGUACACCAAGCCCGGCUACCCCGAGACCUCUCAGUGGACCACCUCAACCAUCUACACCACCCAGGUUCAGACCGUCACCAAGUGUCCUCCUGAGGUUACCAACUGCCCUGUUGGCCCUCACGUCACCACCGUGACCAUCCCCAUCUCAACCACCAUCUGCCCUGUGACUGAGGAGCAUCCUACUUCCAAGUACCCUCCCCACCAGGAGACCACCAAGUUGACCACCUCCACCAUCUACACCACCAAGGUGCACACUGUCACCAAGUGCCCUCCUGAGGUCACCGACUGCCCUGAGAAGCCUCACGUCACCACUGAGACCAUCCCCGUCUCUACCACUGUCUGCCCCGUGACCGAGACUCACGUCGUUCCCCCUGUUCACGAGACAACCACCAAGCUGACCACCUCAACUGUCUACACCACCAAGGUCCACACUGUCACCAAGUGCCCUCCUGAGGUUACCAACUGCCCUGAGAAGCCCCAUGUCACCACUGAGACUUACGCUGUCUCUACCACCAUCUGCCCUGUGACUGAGACUCACGUUGUCCCUCCCAAGGAGACUCACCCCGUCGUUAUUCCUCCUGUUCACCCUGGUAACGGAACCUGGACUCCUCCCAAGCCUCAGCCUCCUAAGGAGUCUCACCCCAGCUACCCUCAGCCUCCUGCUCCUCAGCCCCCUAAGGAGUCUCACCCCAGCUACCCUCAGCCUCCUGCCCCUCAACCUCCCAAGGAGACCUACCCCGCUCCCCCCAAGGAGACCCAGCCUGGCGUCACCCCUCCCAAGGAGACUCACCCCGCUCAACCUCCUGCUCCUCAGCCCCCCAAGGAGACUCAGCCUGCCCAGCCUCCCGCCGAGUCUCACCCUAGCUACCCUCAGCCUCCUGCUCCCAGCAAGCCUGUCGAGACUGCUCCCGUUGUCCCUGCCCCUAGCACUCCUGCUGAGACCUACCCUGCUCCUCCCGCCACCACUCCCACCCAGGUCACUGCCGGUGCUGGACGUGUCGGAGGUAGCGUCGGAGCUGCUCUCUUUGCGGCUGGUUUUGUCGCCUUCUUCCUGUAA